AUGAGAUACAGCGGUAUUUCUUAUACAACUUUGCGUGCAUCACCAAGUGAGAGAGUCAAAGAACUUGCUAAACCAAAAAUUAAACGAGAACAAAGAAUUAGACAAGAAUUUUUUGAUAAUUUUUUUAAUUAUGGUUACAGUGGAGUAAAAAAAUCGGCAUUGAAAGCAACAUGUUCAGAUCGUACAGCCAGACUGGCUUGUCCUAAAUCAAUUUCAUUAGAAUAUGUAAAUAUGUUACCCCCAUCUGUAACACAAACUACUUCAAAAGAGAAAACAAUACAUCGUAGUCAAGAAUUGGUUCGUCCAAAAUACAAUAUGGGAAAACAUUAA